GGAGAGCGCAGUUGUUGGCUGCAGGUCGCUCGGAGAGUGACGCACACGGCGGCUGAGGACACAACACUAGAACCCGUCUCUAUUCUGUCUCUGCUGCUCAGAGUGCGAGUCCGAUCCUCUCCUCAUCUCUGCUGGCAUUGCCACCAACUUGGGGGAAUACAAACAUCUUCGAAGAAUCAGUUUGAAAAGGACAGACGGCCCUCUAAGCCCCCUCCCCACACCCCAGUGAUGCUUAGCUGCUAUAUCCCAGAGGCCCACCUUGGCAGUUAGAGGAGAGGUCGUCACCAUGACAGCGUCCUCGCAGGACUCCACUCCCUCGUCUAUGGCCGGCCUCUUCCUGCUCCUCCUCUUCCCAGCUGUCUUCACGCAGAACUCCGCUGUCCCGACAACCCCGACCACGUCAUUGUUUGACCCGCUGACCCAACCGGAGUGCACGAAGAAAGAACACCCAAAGGUUUCCAUCCAAGUGCUCAGUCCGUGGAUCUCCAGUUUUUCCCACCCGGGUGUGAGAGACUACUCCCAGCUCACCCUUGACCUGACUAGGAAUGAGCUUAUUGUGGGUGCCAGGAACUACCUGUUCAGACUGGACCUCAGUAACAUGUCGCUGAUACAGGCGACAGAAUGGGCACCCGACGAGGAUACCAGGAGGUCCUGUCAGAGCAAAGGCAAAACAGAGAUUGAAUGUCAGAACUACAUCAGAGUCCUGCUGGUGAACAAGACCGAGGUCAUGACCUGUGGAACCAAUGCUUUCCAGCCACUAUGUAUUACGAGAGAGGUGGGCAACAUGAGCAGCGUGUUGGAGCGGGUGAACGGUGUGGCACGCUGCCCAUACGACCCUCGUCACAACUCUACAGCGGUGGUGACGGAGAGCGGAGAGCUGUAUGCCGCCACCGUCAUCGACUUCUCCGGCCGUGACCCAGUCAUAUACCGCAGCCUCGGCGGCAUGCCACCUCUACGGACUGCACAGUACAACUCGAAAUGGCUUAAUGAGCCCCACUUCAUCUCAGCCUACGACAUUGGCCUCUUCACCUUCUUCUUCCUGAGGGAGAACGCAGUGGAGCAUGACUGCGGCAAGACGGUCUACUCCCGAGUGGCGCGAGUCUGCAAGAACGACAUCGGCGGGCGAUUCCUCCUGGAGGACACCUGGACCACUUUCAUGAAGGCGAGGCUCAACUGCUCCCGCUCCGGGGAGAUCCCAUUCUACUACAACGAGCUGCAGAGCACCUUCUACUUGCCCGAGCAAGACCUCAUCUAUGGCAUCUUCACGACCAAUGUCAACAGUAUUGCAGCAUCUGCGGUCUGUGCCUUCAACCUGAGCGCCAUCACCCAGGCCUUCAACGGGCCCUUCCGCUCCCAGGAGAAUCCUCGCUCCACCUGGCUUCCUACGCCCAACCCCAUCCACAACUUCCAGUGUGGUACAAUAAAUGACGAGGGUCCCAAUGAGGGUUUGACGGAGCGCAGCCUGCAGGACGCCCAGCGGCUCUAUCUGAUGAACGACGUGGUCCAGCCAGAGUCUGUAGAUCCGCUGGUCAUGCAGGAUGACGUUCGCUUCUCCAACCUGGUCGUGGACAUUGUUCAGGGCAUGGACACCCUCUACCAUGUUAUGUACAUCAGCACAGAAUAUGGCACCAUCUUAAAGGCACUGGCUACUCCCAAUAAGAACCUACAUGGCUGUUACUUGGAGGAGAUGGAGCUUCUCCCAUCUGGGGUGCAAGAACCAAUCCUGAGCCUGCAGAUCCUGCACAGCGACAGGUCGCUCUUUGUUGGCCUCAACAAUCGAGUCCUGAAGAUCCCGCUGGAGAGGUGCUCCACCUACAAAACUGAGACGCUGUGCUUGGAGGCAAGGGACCCCUACUGUGGCUGGGACUUCAGGCAGCGCAGAUGCACCACACUGGAGGACAGCUCCAAUAUGAGUCAGUGGAAGCAGAACAUCACUGUUUGUCCGCUGCGGAACCAAACCACCAAUGGUGGCUUCGGACCCUGGGCGCCAUGGCAACCAUGCAACAAUGAUGAUGGUGUGGAUGGUGUGAGCUCCUGUUUGUGUCGCUCAAGGUCUUGUGACAGCCCUGCCCCUCGAUGCGGAGGCAAAAACUGUGAGGGCCCCACCAUUGAAGUCUCCAACUGCUCGAGAAAUGGAGGCUGGACGCCCUGGUCGUCAUGGGGACAGUGCAGCACAACCUGUGGUACAGGCUUCGAGCUGCGCCAGCGUUCAUGUAACAACCCCUCACCCCGACAUGGUGGCCGUGUGUGUGUGGGGCCGAGCAGGGAUGAGAGGUUCUGCAAUGAAGGAGUGUCCUGUCCUCAGCCUAUCUUCUGGUCCCCGUGGAGCUCCUGGACAAAGUGCAGCACAGAAUGCGGGGGAGGCGUCCACUCCAGGGUCCGCACCUGUGAGAAUGGCAACAGCUGCCCAGGAUGUGCACUGGAGUAUAAGGCCUGUAACCUGGAGGUGUGUCCAGAGGUAAAGAGGAACACACCUUGGACCCCCUGGAUGCCCGUCAAUGUGACUCAGGGCGGAGCUCGUCAGGAGCAGAGGAUGCGCUACAUGUGCCGGGCCCACCUGUCUGAUCCCCACGAGCUGCAGAUCGGACGCAGGAAGGUGGAGACACGCUUCUGUCCCAAUGAUGGUACAGCAGCCUGUGAGACCGAUACACUUGUCGAGGAGCUCCUGAAGACACCGGUGGUGAGAGUGGCAGGUGCUGGCUGGUCGUCAUGGGAGACCUGGUCAAGCUGCUCACAGAGUUGUGCCAAAGGCUACCGCACUCGUCGGCGAACCUGCGCAGGACCAGAAGGGAAGAGCGCCCCCGUUGCAUGCCGUGGCUCACCUGUGGAGUACCAGGACUGCAACGUCCAGGCAUGUCCUGUGAAUGGUGCAUGGUCCUGCUGGUCUUCCUGGUCUCAGUGCUCAGUGGGUUGCGGUGGUGGUCAUUACCAACGCACACGCUCCUGUAACAGCCCUGCACCCGCCAAUGGAGGGGACAUCUGCCUAGGACUACACACUGAAGAGGCCCUGUGUAACACACACACUUGUGAUGGUGGCUGGAUGGCCUGGUCGCUGUGGUCAGCCUGUGAUGAUUCAGGCUUGCAGAUGAGGAGUCGGGUGUGUGGUGCUCAGGGCAACACCCCCUGUGUGGGAAACAGCACUCAGCGCAGAGACUGCAAUGAAAUACCUGUCAUUCUCCCUGCAUCUGGUUUUGAUAAGGACCAACACUGUGGAGCAUUCACCUCCAUCCACCUAAUAGCCACCGGUGUUUCCUGUUUCCUUGGGGCGGGGCUGCUGUCCUUCUUGAUCUAUGUCUAUUGUCAACGUGUCCAUAAGCCUUCGCAGGAGUCUGCCAUCAUUCACCCUACCACCCCAAACCACCUUAACUACAAGGGCAACACCACGCCAAAGAAUGAGAAGUACACACCCAUGGAGUUCAAGUUCUCCAAAAUCAGCAACUGCAUCCGUCUGCAAGUGUCAAACUCUGGACAGGUGUCCCUCCCUGCUGCCUCUCUGACUGAUCAGAGCAGACACUCAACAAAAACAACCUGCUACCAGAUGAAAGAUCCAACUUCUACCCAACACCGCUCCAGCAGACAAACGUCUACACGACCACCUACUAUCCCACAGCGCUCGGCAAAUAUGACUACCAGCCCAAUUCCUCCCCCUCGCCAUGCAGGACCUACAACCACAGCAACAACAGCUGAGACACGCCCCACAACUGGAUCUCUGAACCCCCCUGGCACUGCCCCAAACGGACACCACCCCAAUACAGUGGUGACAUAACUGAACCGACAUGAACUGAAACAUUUCUCAGAGCUCGGACAGGUUCGCCAUCGCCCCUCUCCUCGCUCCCAUAGUCUCUUCCGCAUGGUAGGGUUUGUUUCCUCAAGGGCGUUUCUGGAACUUUCCAUCAGGAGAUGUGGGUUUGGACGACAAGGCCCCGUGUCCUGGUGUAUUCAGGGACAACCAGCUGGGGGGGUGUUAUUGUAAGGCUCUGACUGGAUAUAGCAGUGUCAACUCCGAGCUUCAUGCGGGGAUCCAGUGUAAAACUCUAGCAGGACGAGUUAUGGGUUUUGACAGAUUGUUAUGACCAGAACACCUCAGCGCAGGUGCUGAGUUGAGCAUCCGCUAUUCCAGAGACAAACAUGAACAGAACAAAAAAAAAAAUAUAUAUAUAUUACAUUCCUCUGGACCUGGGUCACCAUUUCACGCCUCUCUAUUAAUAACCACAUCCUCAGCCUGUAAUGAACUUGUGAGUCUGCAGAGAACAAAAGCACUGAGAACAACUGCGAUCACACGGCGCUUAUUGUUAUGUCCACAACGGCACAGAGCAGGAAAACAACAACAAAAGAGUAAACUAAAUGACGUCGCUGAUGAAAUAAAUUUGUGAUCAAUAUCAGCUUGGUUGUUAGGGGUGGAUGCACGCCCUCCAUUGUUGGUGUUUCAUGUGACAGAAAAGAUAAGAACCUGCGAGUUGAUUUUUAGACAUUUGGAAGAGUCACAAAGCUACAUCAUUCAAUUCAAUAAAUCUGCUUAUGACCGGAGUCACACAUCUUUUGUGGACAAGGGCGUUCACUCGUAAAGUCAGAGCAAAGGGGGAUUGUGAGAAGCGUUCUGAACUGUAUAUAAAGCUUUGGGAAUGCCUUGGGUGCCUGUAUGCAAUGGAGGGCAGGGGCAACAAUUGUUUUCUUUCUAUUUCUUCUGUUUGUUUUUUUCCCUAAGAACAAUAAAGACUUCUGAAAGGGAAUUGAUUGAUUCUCCAAUUGAUUCUCUAAUGGAUGCAUCAAUUCUACUGAGUGCUAAAUAGCUCGGUGGUCAUAUCAAAUAUGGCCAGUGUGCUGAACAACUGGAUUGGGUUUUCUAUGAUGGUAGAAUAAGCUAGUAGACUGGCACUUGUUCUUUUUUUAAAUGUUUGUUUUUUAAGAUGAUAUUUGUUUUAUUCUCAGACGAGCCGUAGCAUAGGAGGAAAUAUUUUGUUAAAUAAGAUAUAGCUGAUUAAUUCUUGUUACUCUAAUUUCACACAUUCCUUUGUUUUCUUGAUUUGUCAGAAGUGUAGUAACCAUUGCAUCUUCACUACAUGAAAUGUUAACAAAUAUAAAACACAAAAAAUUAUUGAUAUGGUUUUUACAAAGAAUGACUGUAACAAAAUAUCCAUUUGGCCCCGCUUUAAAGAAAAGAAAAAUAAAACUAAAUUAUGCUUGCUUAGAGAUUUGCCUGUGUGAAGAUCAAAAUGAGUGCAUGUGUGUGUGUGGAUGUGUGUACGUAUGCAAACACAUGUACUCUUAUCUUUGCGUGUCUGUAUGCCUGAAUGAGCAAAGGGGGGGUUGCUGUAUUUUGUACAAUGUAAAUGCUUUCAUACAUAAAACUAUAAAUGAGAAGGGUUUUCUUUUUGUGCAUUUUUUUCCACAUUCUGUCGCUGACACUCCAGAUUUCUAUAUUUCAUGUAUGAGAUGUUAAUCAUUGUAAGUUAAAGCAUCGCACCCUUUGGUUCCUGCGGAGUUGGAACGGACACUAUUUAUAGUCAAAGCUUGGUUUAUAAAGGGCAUUUUCACAGCUAUAUUUUAUUAUUAUUAUUGCCUGAUCGAUGAAUGCUAACCCAGCAAUGCUUUUCAGUUCAGCUACUGUACAUGCACGAGAGCUCUAUCUGUAUAUAGGAGCAACAGCCUUCUGCAGCCCAUUUUAAUGACCCUGCAGAGGAUCGUGUAAAUGUAUCUGUAUAUUGUAUAGCUAACACUGUUUGUUUAAAAAAAGCCUUAUAGUUGUUUUAAAAAAGUGCAGCAGCUAAGUACACACCAACCAUGAGGUUUGUUUGGGGACAGAGCUCCACAAUGUGACCGACCGCCUGUGGCUUAUGACCUUUCCCAGCUGCUCAAACAUCUAAUUCCCAGAGACAUUUGAAUCCGGACUGAAAAAACUCAGCGUAGCACUGAUAAUAUCAGUAUCAAAUAUAAUAGGCUGCAAACAGGCAUAUAAAAAAAGUUGUUUUGACGUAACUAAGCCUCUAUUGGCCUGGUCUGCCGGUCAUUUGAUUGGUCAAUUUUGAGCUCUGUCCCCUGCGAUGUGAGGCUCUGUGCCCUUCUAUGCAACUUACCAGGUGUACUGUUAGACCUGUCAUGUAGACUGUAAUCACUGCCUUUUAGACACUGUGAAUUUUUUGGUACCCUAUAUUUUUGUAUAUUGUACAUUAUAAAAGGAUAAUAAACCUUGAUGCCAACACAAAGA